AUGGGUCUUUCUCACCACUGGGUCAAGCUUAUAAACCAAUGUGUCUCUACUGUUUCCUACUCUGUUUUCCUCAAUGGUAGUCCUACUGGUUUUUUCAAACCAGAAAGAGGUCUAAGACAGGGUGACCCUCUUUCUCCUUAUCUCCACAUUAUAUGCUCUGAAGCUCUAUCCUCUUACAUUGAUAAUCUUCAGAAAAGGGGUAUUGUAGAGGGUAUUAAGGUUUGUAAAGAUGCCCCUGAAAUGACACAUCUUUUGAAAAUUCCUGAACAUAGGAAAGCUCUUUUGACCAAUAUUUUAGAUAUUCAAAGCAGGGAUCUGGGAGAGAAAUAUCUUGGAACUCCUACUAUUUUUCAAGCUUCUAAAAUCCAAACUCAUAUGGGAAUUCUACAGGCUGUGGAUGCCAGAAUCACUGUCUGGCUUCAUAAGCUUUUAUCACAGGCUGCUAGAACUACCCUUAUUAAACACAUUGGCCAGGCUAUUACUCUCUUCCAAAUGGGUGCCUUUCUUAUCCCUAAACACCUCUGUAAACAGAUGGAUUCUCAUCUCAGUAAGUUCUGGUGGAGGGAAACUUUAGACCCAAAAGAUAGAAAACUGCAUCUGCUUGGUUGGGACAUUCUUUGCUCCCCCAAAGCAAAAAGAGGUUUGGGUUUUAUAAAGGCCGAACUAAACAAUCUUGCCAUGCUAGCUAGGAAUGCUUGGAGAAUUAUUGAAAAUCCUGAUUGCUUGUUAGCUACUGUUCUUAAGGCCAAGUAUUUCCCAAGAACUGAUUUCUUGAAUGCCAAGUGCACUGAUAAAUGA